AUGCAGCUCGUCAAGACUCUCUCCGUCAUGGCUCUGGCCACCGGCGCUGUCGUUGCCAUGCCCGCAGCACACCACAAACGUGAGUGGAGGGGUGGCGGCAACAGAUGGUGGCAGCCUGAGGUUGUCGUGUCUGCCACUCCCACCUUCGACGGUAACUUCUUCAACCGGCCCACCCCUGAAGAGUCUACCCCUACACCCGCCGAGGCUCCAGAGGAGACGUCUGCUCCUGCUGACAGCUGGGCUCCGGCCGCUCCUUCUGCGACCCCAACCUCUGCCCCAGCCGACACCGGCGCUUCCGGCGGUCAGGGUAACUACAUGGCCGUCGUUUCCAAAAUGCGUGCCGCUGGUGGCCUCCCAUCUUUCACCCAGGACAGCACGCUUGAGGCUAAUGCCCUCAAGACCAGCACCGAGAGCACCAACGGCUUGCAACAUCAACUGAACCCUGGCACCUUUGCCCAGGUGUUGGCUCCCGGCUCUGUCGAUAACUUCGAGAGCGUCUACGUCGGUGGCUGGCUGUGCGAGAUCCCCUCUCUCCCCGGCUUGAACGGCAUUUGCAGUACUGCUGCUCAGGGUUGGGAUCAUUCGAACGGCGAGACAGGCCACGCCGACGUCUUGUCAUCGACGAAAUACAGCAAAAUUGGCUGUGCAAUUUCCGGCACUGGGGUAUGGGCUUGUGACCUUGCAUGA